GACUUUUAUUCUGAAAGACGUUCAAUGGCUGCUGUGAUAGUGUGUACACAUGGAUAACACUGUCUAUGAUAACACACCGGUAUCGCUAUAUUUACCUGGAGGAUUUCCUAAGUUUUGAAAUAUUUAACAUCCAACUGUGAUUUGAAGCACUUUCUAACUUCGGAUUCUCAGAAGCAUGUCUUUGUUUGGAGGACUGUUGAGUCGCGCGGGGACUUUCUGCGCGAGACACUUCAGCACAGGUACUUGUGCUAGAAUACGAAUGCACGCCAUUCCCAAACUGAAAGAGGUGGAUCGAUGGACGGAGAAGAGAAGCAUGUUUGGAGUUUAUGACAACAUUGGGAUAUUGGGUGAUUUUAAAGCCCACCCAAAAGACCUGAUCAGAGGGCCCGUGUGGCUCCGAGGCUUCAGAGGGAUAGAGCUUCAGCGUCUCAUCAGGAAGAAGCGGAUGGUGGGAGACCGGAUGAUGACGGAGGACAAGCACAUCCUGGACAAGAGGAUCAGCUUUCUGUACCGCCGGUUCAACAGAUAUGGCAAGCACAGAUAGACUGAACCACAGCUGGUGUGUGUGUAUGUCCUUCAUCUGUAUCCAUGUGAAGCUCAUUUUGUGUCAAAAGCUGCAGCUCUGUUUAUUAAACUGUAAAAAAACA